AUGAAUAAUAAUAAUCAAAUAAUUGAUAGAGAUAAUAAAAAUAAUAAUUUUAUGAUUUAUGAAAAUGUAAAAGAAGAAUUAAAACAAUUAUUAAGAUUAUAUCAAUUUCAAAAAACAAAGGUACUAGAUAAAGAAUUAUAUUUAGAAUCAAUUCAAACAUGUCAUGAUAAAUAUCAACAUCAACUUGGAGGAUUGGAUCUAUUAUAUUGGGAGAAUAAAUAUAAAUUUAAUCUAUUCAAGUUUAAUCUAAAGAAAUUACAAUACAAAAUUCAAACAAAUAAUCAAAAUAUUACUAUUGUAAAGAAAUACAAGAAUUAUCAAAUGAUUUAA